UGCGUGAGACCGUAGGUUAUUUAGGUCUACAGUACACAUUGGCAUGUAUAUGCUACUCAUGUGUACCAUUGGAGUGCAUCGUUUUAGCGCUGUUGGUGUUGUGUUAUAAACACUAUUAAGCUUGUAGUUAUGUCUACAGUUUCCAAAGUAGUACUGGGUGUUUCUUUGGUCUUUACUGUGGGAACGGUGACUGGAGUUCAUGUCAAGCAGAAUCUGGACAGAGAGAGACUGCAUGAAGGUGUCAUCAGGGAUCUUGAGAGACAGGCUCGUAAAAGGGAGAAUCUGCGACAGCUAGAAGAACAAAUCAGCCUCACCAGGGAGCUUGAAACAGAGCGGGAGAAGAGAGCAGCGGGCACACAGACCUCCUAGACU